AUGUUUGUAGGCAUCCAGUUUACUGAGGCUGAUGGGGGCACCAUAUCUCUUGUCCAUGAAAAAUGGUUGACGCCACGCAAAAAAGAGGUAUGGUGGCCACCCCACAAACAGCAUGAGGUUUUCGUUAAAAGUCUCAGGAAAGGAGAGACACCUAACGAACAGUGGAGUCUUUUUAAAGUGGAAAAAUCAUUUUUUCAGGAGGAUAAUUAUCAAAAGGCCUCAUUGAAAUUGAAAAAGGCAGAAGUAACUUCGGAUGUGGCAACCGAUAUUGAGGAAAAAUUACCCCUAAAACGUCCCAGAAAGCUGAAUAGAAAAUUGUUUUUCACUGAAAGCAGCGAUGAAAGUGAGGCGAAUGAACCCCCUCCGAAGAAGCUACAAUUAAAAAGGGUCCAAAGUGGAACAAGAAGUAAAGUAGUGAAACUUACAUUUUUUAAAGGUAAUUCACAAAAAUCUAGAAUUAAUUGGGACAAUGAACUUCCUCCAAAAGUGCAGCUAUUCCCUCGGCAAUCCCAAGAAAGUGAUGUAGAAAAGUCAGUGAAUAGUGAGAGAGAGAACAGCCCUGAACAAAAUAUAGUUGAUUUUGACAAGGAUAAGGAUAACUGCUUAAGAGUUUCAGAUUUCCAAAAAAAUUUAAUCACUGUCCUCCUGCAAAUUAAGCAACAGAAUAGUAAAAUUCUAAAUAUCCUUGAAGAUCGGCAGGGUGCAACUGGAUUGAAAUUAGUCCCACCCAAGGAUAUGCCAGUUGCAAUCCCACUACAAAAUAUUGAAGAUUUAAAAUCAAUUGAGGAGUAUCUUGCUCUUGACAAAAAUCUUUCUGCUUUGGCUUCAUAUUGUGAAACCUUGGGCGGCCGAGAUAAAGUUGCCAAAGUUAAUAAUAUUUUGAGGAAUCUGCUCUCCAACAGAGUUGCAGCCGAGUUCAGCUUUUUGGGCACCAGACAGGAUAAGCGUCCAUUUGCAAACCUAAAACUGAGAAAAGUUGUUGUCAAUGCUGUAUUGUCGAAAUGUGAAGGGGAUGCUGCUGAUAUUGAUGGUUUGAUCAAAGUUUGGCUUAAGCAUGCCCCAAAAAGGGCAGCACUUGAAAGAAAAAAGAAAAACAAGAACUUGUUGAACGUUUAA